UAUGUGAAAUUUUCUUGGGUAACUACUUUUCCCGUUGGAAUGAUAAUGGUCAAUAAGUCGUCAAGGAGAGGUAAUGGUAUUUCGGUUCUCGUUGCAGUUGACAGGUAUUUUGAGACCCCAACCUGAGAUAGAAAUCAAGGAAGCUCCAAAAUUUUCCCAUGGUUCCCUCAAGGUAGUGGAAGUGAAAAACUAUCGUGGUCGCCCCGGUGAUUUGAAGCUGGUGAUGUACUUAAUAGACAACGCUGUUGGACUGGAAAAAAUUGUCAACCAUCCUCUCGGACAAAUUAAUGGCGAAGAAGAAAUGGAAGAGGUCCUUUUCAUGUAUCGUGCUAGGGACGAGAUGGCACGAAAAGUGCCUAAACAUAUAGAAUUGGAUGGCCGUAAUAACUUUCGGGUUGAUCGUCCGGUGUAUCUAUAACUGAUUUCCCUUGGUUGUUCGGUUGCUGCGUCCGCCAAUUGAAACUUUACAGAGGGAGGGAGGGUGGGUUACU